UGAGACUGUGAGGGAGAGAGAGUAGAUAGAUCAUAGAUGUUGUUUUUCGUUUCUCCAAUCUAUCCCUGCUCACUUGAUAGUAAAGUGCGCACUUCACCCCCUUGCAUAGAUCCUCCGGCGCACACUUCCUUAUUCUGCGCCGCCCUUUCCCCUUUCCACAAACCUCAAAAACCAUUCUCUACACUUCAACUCUGCAACCUCCAUCACCUUCUUCACACUCUUCCAUGGACUCCAACAACAACAACAGCAACAACAAGCAACAGAAGAAGAAGAAAUGGUUCCUACCACUAGUCUUCUCUCUACUCAUAUCCACCAUACUCAUACUCCUCACCAUCUUCAUCUCCUCAGAUUCAACCUCCUUACUCUACCUCUACCGUUCACGCCUCAACACUCACCAUCAACUUCCCAAUUUUGUUGAGUCCAAGCUCAACCUCUCUCCCACAUCUUCCAUUAACACUGUUCCAAGGAUCGCCUACUUGAUCUCCGGUUCAAUGGGAGACGGUGAAACUUUGAAGAGGACUCUCAAGGCGCUUUACCAUCCAAGGAACCAGUACGCUGUUCACCUCGAUCUUGAAGCUCCUGCGCACGAAAGACUGGACCUUGCUAAGUUCGUCAGGGAAGAGCCUUUGUUUGCUGCUGUUGGAAACGUCAGGAUGGUGGUCAAGGCUAAUUUGGUAACUUACAGGGGACCUACCAUGGUUACAAACACGCUUCACGCUGCUGCCAUUUUGCUCAGAGAUGGUGGUGACUGGGACUGGUUCAUCAACCUUAGCGCUUCGGAUUAUCCGUUGGUCACACAAGAUGAUCUGCUACAUACACUAUCAUCUAUUCCGAGACAUCUAAACUUCAUUGAGCACACCAGUGAUAUUGGUUGGAAAGAGGAUCAGAGAGCGAAGCCAGUUAUAAUUGAUCCAGCUCUUUAUAGCGUCAAUAAAUCUGAUGUGUUUUGGGUGACAGAGAGAAGAAGUGUGCCCACGCAAUAUAAGCUGUUUACAGGCUCUGCUUGGAUGAUGCUAUCGCGCCAAUUUGUUGAGUACUGUUUAUGGGGAUGGGAUAACUUGCCUAGAAUAGUCUUGAUGUAUUAUGCCAACUUUCUAUCUUCCCCUGAAGGCUAUUUCCACACUGUCAUCUGCAAUGCUGACGAAUUUCGGAACACCACGGUCAACCAUGACCUUCACUUCAUAUCAUGGGACAACCCUCCGAAACAGCAUCCGCACUACCUUACAGAUAAUAACUACCAGAAGAUGGUGGAAAGCAAUGCUCCUUUUGCUCGGAAAUUCGGCCGGAAGGAACCAGUCCUGGAUAAGAUCGAUACUGAACUCUUGGGACGAAAUGCGGAAGGUUAUGUUCCUGGCAAGUGGUUCAAACAAGUAAAUCCUAACACCAGCAAAUCAUAUUCUGACAUAAGAAAUAUCACUGAACUGAGGCCUGGCCCCGGCGCGGAAAGGCUUAAACGCCUUAUCAAUGGUUUGUUAUCAUCAGAAGAAUUUCUAACCAGGCAGUGUUCUUGAAUAAUAAUCUUGA